AUGGUGAAGUUCGUGGUGCAGAAAACCGCAAGACGGGGAAUGAAGAGCUUUGCCUUUAAGAACAUGGCCAGGGACCUGAGGUUCGAGGAUGUGGUCAUUUACUUCUCUCUGGAGGAGUGGGAGUGCUUGCACCAUUCCCAUAGGAAUUUGUACCGCGCUGUGAUGUUGGAUAACUACAGCAAUCUGCUGUCACUGAGUCUUGCUGAUACUAAGCCACGUGUGGUCUCCCUUUUAGAGCAGGGCAAAGAGCCCUGGAUGGUUAUGAGGAAUGAGACAAAAAUUUGGCAUCCUGAUUGGGAGUCUAGGACAGAAGCCAAGAAGUUCCUUCCAAAGGACAGUUCCAAAAUUAAAACAUUGCAACAAAAGAUGGCAAAAAAACAUGCAUGCUCCAGCCUUGAGGACAGCAGGGCCAAAGGUAACAGAGAGGUCACAUGUGAGCCUGAGAGUCAGCAAGCUCAGCAGGAGGAACACUUGAGACAAGCUGCAGUAACCUCUGCCUCGAGGCCGGCUUCCGUCCAGUGCAUAGCCCAUAGGGAGGCUCACCCUGGAGGAAAACCCUGCAAGUGUGAGAAAUGUCAGAAAACGUCCCUGUGCCAGGCACCUCCCAUUGAACGUGAGCAAAUUCACAGUCAGGCGAAGGCCCGUGAGCACACAGAGCCUAGCAAGGCCUUUAACUCCACGUCAGACAUGGCUGUGCAUCAGAGACCCCAGGAGAGCAGAAAAGACAGUGAGAGUAAGAAAAGUGCCCUUGCUUGUGGUUCUGACACCUUGAAACCCCAGAGUGCUCAGGGUAGCGAGAGGCCACAUAAGUGUAAAGAAUGUGGGAAGGCCUUCCAUACUCCCUCCCAGCUCAGUCACCAUCAGAAGUUGCAUGUAGGUGAGAAGCCCUACAAGUGUAAGGAGUGUGGGAAGGCUUUCCCAUCUAACGCCCAGCUUAGUCUUCACCAGAGAGUUCACACUGAUGAGAAGUGCUUUGAAUGCAAGGAGUGCGGGAAAGCCUUCAUGCGCCCCUCACACCUGCUCCGGCACCAACGCAUCCACACUGGGGAGAAGCCUCACAAGUGUAAGGAGUGCGGGAAGGCCUUCCGCUACGACACACAGCUCAGCCUGCACCUGCUCACUCAUGCCGGGGCGCGGCGCUUUGAGUGUAAGGACUGUGACAAGGUGUACAGCUGUGCCUCCCAGCUCACUCUCCACCAGAUGACACACACUGGGGAGAAGCCCCACAAGUGUAAGGAGUGUGGGAAAGGCUUCAUCUCUGACUCACACCUUCUUCGCCAUCAGAGUGUUCACACUGGUGAGAAGCCCUAUAAGUGUAAGGAAUGUGGUAAAGGCUUCCGUCGUGGUUCGGAGCUUGCCCGACAUCAGAGAGCUCAUUCUGGUGAUAAACCCUACAAGUGUAAGGAAUGCGGGAAGUCCUUCACCUGCACCACAGAGCUCCUUAGACAUCAGAAAGUUCACACUGGUGAUAGACCCCACAAAUGUAAGGAGUGUGGGAAGGCCUUCAUUCGAAGAUCAGAGCUAACACAUCAUGAAAGAAGCCACAGUGGUGAGAAACCCUAUGAGUGUAAGGAGUGUGGAAAGACCUUUGGCCGAGGCUCAGAGCUCAGUCGACACCAGAAAAUCCACACCGGUGAGAAGCCCUAUAAGUGUCAGCAAUGUGGAAAGGCCUUUAUUCGCGGCUCUCACCUUACCCAACAUCAGAGGGUUCAUAUGGGACGGAGGAGUGAAUGA